AACGCACUCGGAACAGACGGAAUACAUGCUCGGAUAGGUGGCAAAGCAGACAGACGAGACACACGACCGUAUCUCAAGGUCUCGAGCUAGUCAUUCGGGCAUUCCCUCGUCCCUCGGAGAUCUAGUCGUGUUUGCGUACUCCUCGCGACUCAACCCAAGCAUCAUCAUCAGCACCCGAACAGUUCUCCAACCCUGCUUCAUUCUCAAAAGGCAUUGCAUGACUGUUCCAGCAGUGCUGUUGGCUUUCGUGUUCCUCUCCUUUCUCGGCCUCGUGUAGGUGCUUAGGCGCAAACAUAUAUAAGCGAGGAUUACAGCCUCUGGUCGCGGCCAUUGUCAAAUCCUCGGCCCAGGGCCAUGUGUCCUUUGUACCCGCUCCACAUGGUAUUCCUAUACCUGUGUCUGAUUGUGCCCUUGUUCUUCGCCGUGGUCCAAGGGUCCGAGGAGCUCUUUGCGGGUUGGAAUCUCAAGUUCCAUCCAGGUUCUGUAGAGAAGCUCCUUCAGUUCAACUCGACCCAAAUCGAGAUCGCUUGUGAGGGAUGUCACUUGAAUCCGGAUAUCAAGCGGGUGUUCCCGAAUUUAGAACUGGUCGUGAGCUCACAGGAUGACUUUGUGGCCUCGGUCAGUGGUUCGAGUGACUUGGAGAUCCAACCGGAGGCCGUGGUUAAUCCUCUCAAUCAAGAGAAAGAGGUCGUGUUCAACUUGGAGAGGUUCGGAUUGGAGGCUCAAACCAAUUGGAGUGUGGCUUUUAACCUGUCGGCCAACUUCUUGGGUUUCACGUCCAUCAGAGCCAAGGUCCGCGAUGGAGGCAACAAGCUCACCUUGCCCGCCAUGACCAAGACCGUGGAGAUGGACUUGUCGGUGGUGCGCAAGAAAACGAUCCAAUCCAAAUUGUUUGGCUAUUCGGUUGCCUUGCUCAUCUCCAUCGCUUACAUCAACAUGGGUUGUGCUCUUGACUUGAGUGUGGUCAAGGAGUCGCUCAAAAGGCCCGUGGGUCCGGCCAUUGGCUUCUUGUGUCAAUUCAUGAUCAUGCCAUUGAUCUCGUUCUUCUUGGGCUACUCGUUUUACGACGAUAUCCCGAUGCGAUUGGGCUUGUUCGUGACCGGUGUGUCGCCUGGAGGUGGAGCCUCAAACAUCUGGACCUUGAUGUUUGGUGGCAACUUGAACCUAUCGGUGACCAUGACGGCCAUCUCGACCUUUGCCGCCCUUUUCAUGAUGCCUCUGUGGCUGUUCACUUUGGGUCGAGUCAUCUUUUCGGACGGGAAUAUCAUCAUUCCGUACCACAAGAUCUUUACCUACGCGUUUUGUGUGGUCGUUCCUUUGAGUAUUGGUCUGCUGAUAUCCAGGUACUUGCCCCGUGUGUCCAAGUUCUUGGUACGAAUCCUGAAGCCCAUGGCCCUCUUCCUCAUCAUGUUCAUCCUGAUCUUUGGCGUGUGGGCCAAUUUCUACAUGUUCAAGUUGAUGACCUGGAAAGUGUGGCUCACCGGGAUGGGUUUGCCGUGGUUGGGAUUUGCCUUUGGCUGCUCAAUCGCCCGACUCACCCGCAGACCUGUGGAAGAUGUCAUCGCUAUUGCCAUUGAAACCGGAGUACAGAAUACGGGCAUUUCCAUCUUUAUUCUGUGGUUCACUUUUGAACAUCCUUUGGGAGACAUUGCGGCCGUUGUUCCAGUAGCCGCCGCCACUAUGACUCCAUUCCCGCUCUUGGCCGCCUUGAUCAUGGUGAAGGCCAAGCAUUGGAUGGGCAUCCAAGCCAAGGACGAGCCCACGUGUCCGUUCAAUCUGCAGAAUCUCGAGGAAGAGGCCGCGGCCGUUGCCGGAGGUCACAAAGAUAUCUUCAAGGGCAGUGAGUCCAAUCAGAAGCUCAUGUGCUCCUAUCAAGAUGAGGAUGAAGAGAACGAUGAUGUGCAGAAGCAGGUCAUAUCGGAGAAGGCUUAAUCAUUCCACCUUUCAUGUGAUGUAAUGUUAUGAAAUGGUUCUCAAAUGUCAUUCACAAAAUAGUCAAUGGGUAUCGCUAGUUAAGAAAAAGACACAUAUUCGGUAAAUCUGUCCACAAUGUGUCAGUCUAAAUUGCACGAUGAUUAUAUGUUUUAUGCAAAAUCUAUGACUGUUACAGCAUCCUUUCAUGUGUUUACUGUCCACAUCCCUGGCUAGAACCGAUUUUUUUCGAAUGGGAAGGGAUUGUGGAUGGGAAUAAAUUAAGGAGUACCAAGCAAG